AUGGCCAACCUUCCCCCCGUCUACAUCGUCUCUACCGCCCGUACGCCCAUCGGCUCUUUCCUUGGCUCUUUGUCAAGCCAGACCGCUGUUCAAUUGGGCUCAGUCGCCAUCAAGGGAGCCGUUGAGCGUGCUGGUAUUAAACCUGAGGAUGUCGACGAGGUCUUCUUUGGCAAUGUUCUCUCUGCUGGUGUCGGCCAGGGUCCUGCCCGCCAGUGCGCCCUUGGCGCUGGUCUCCCUCAAACCGUCAUCGCCACGACCGUGAACAAGGUCUGCGCUUCUUCGCUCAAGGCCAUUAUCCUUGGUGCCCAGAACAUCAUGCUCGGCACCUCCGAUAUCGUCGUUGCUGGUGGAACCGAGUCCAUGUCCAACACUCCUCACUACCUCCCCAACCUCCGAAACGGCGCCAAGUACGGUGACCAGACCCUCGUCGACGGUGUCCUCAAGGAUGGUCUGACCGACUCCUUCAAGAAGGACCACAUGGGUAUCUCUGCUGAGCUCUGUGUCGAUGACCACGAGCUCACCCGCGAGGCUCAGGACGAGUACGCCAUCAACUCUUACAAGAAGGCUCAGGCUGCCACUGAGGCCGGUCUCUUCACUGAGAUUGUCCCUGUCGAGGUCCCCGGUGGCCGUGGCAAGCCCGCCAUCAAGGUCGAGCGUGAUGAUGAGGUCAAGAACCUGAACGUUGACAAGCUCAAGGCCAUGCGCCCUGCUUUCAAGCCUGACGGUACCGUCACUGCUCCCAACGCUGCCCCCAUCAACGAUGGUGCCGCCGCUGUUGUCCUCGUUUCUGAGGCCAAGCUCAAGGAGCUCAACCUCAAGCCCGUUGCCAAGAUCCUUGGUUGGGGUGAUGCUGAGCGUGAGCCUGAGCGUUUCACUAUUGCUCCUGCUUUGGCCAUUCCCAAGGCCAUCAAGCACGCCGGUUUGACCGCUGAGCAGGUCGAGUACUACGAGAUCAACGAGGCCUUCUCUGCCGUUGCCCUCGCCAACAUGAAGAUCCUCGGUCUUAAGCCUGAGCAGGUUAACGUCUUUGGUGGUUCCGUUGCCAUUGGCCACCCUCUUGGCUGCUCUGGUGCUCGUAUUGUCACCACCCUUACCUCCGUGCUCAAGGAGAAGAAGGCCAAGAUUGGUGCCGUUGGUAUUUGCAACGGUGGCGGCGGUGCUUCCGCUUUGGUCAUUGAGAACCUGCAAUAA